GGUGCUGGGCGGGGCUACUCCGUCAUUGGACCCCGCUCGAGGGGGCGGGGCACGCGCCGAAGCGGAAGUGGGUCGGCGCGGCGCUGAUGACGUAGCGCCGCGGUGGCGGUAGUCUUCCGGUGGCGGCGCCUGUGUACGCGGCCCGCGCCUUCCGCUGCGCCCGCUCGCUGCCCCGCGCCCGCGCCCGCGCCCGGUACCGGCACCGGCCCGCCGCCGCUCGAACAUGGACUCCGCUGGCCAAGACAUCAGCUUGAAUUCUCCCAACAAAGGCCUGCUCUCCGACUCCAUGACGGAUGUUCCCGUCGAUGCGGCCGUGGCUGCCCAGAGCCCUGGAGUUGAGGGCCUGACGGAGGCCGAGGAGGAAGAGCUCAGGGCUGAGCUCGCAAAGGUGGAGGAGGAGAUCGUGACGCUGCGCCAGGUGCUGGCCGCCAAGGAGAGGCACUGCGGGGAGCUGAGGCGGAAGCUGGGCCUCUCCGCCCUGGAGGGCCUGAAGCAGAACCUGUCGAGGAGCUGGCAUGAUGUGCAGGUCUCGAGCGCCUAUGUGAGAACUUCUGAGAAACUCGGAGAGUGGAACGAAAAAGUGACCCAGUCGGACCUCUACAAGAAGACUCAGGAAACACUCUCCCAGGCGGGACAGAAGACCUCAGCUGCCCUGUCCACUGUGGGCUCUGCCAUCAGCAGGAAGCUUGGAGACAUGAGGGCUCGUCCAUUCUCACACUCCUUUAGCAGCAGCUACUCCAUCCGUCACUCCAUCAGUAUGCCAGCCAUGAGGACUUCCGCCACCUUCAAGUCCUUUGAAGACCGAGUUGGCACCAUCAAGUCCAAGGUUGUGGGUGGCAGAGAGAACGGCAGUGACAACCUUCCCUCCCCAAACGGGAGUGGCGACAAGCCUUUCUAAGCCGCUGCAGCCCGCCAGGCGGUGGACCCAGUUCGUGCCCCUGUCAGCGCCGCGGAGCCGCUGCCCAGAUGCGUCGGACUGUUGGUGCUGCCACCUGUGCCCUGGCUGCCGGCUGGCGUGGCUGAGCUCCUUGUGGACACUUUCCUUGGUUGUGGCGCCAGCCUUCCUGGCGCAGGAAGUGGACAGGGUGGUGAGUGCCCGGCCUCUGGGGCUCUGGCUCCCGCUGCUGCGUGUGGGCAGAGGACGGGGAGGCCAGUCCCAGGAGGGCGCCCAGGCAGCCCACUGCAGCAUCGGCAGUCUGGGCCCUCCAGAAGACAGGUGGUUCCACAGCUGCCUGGCACUGCACUUGUGAUUGAGCUUUGACUAAGGCAGAUUCUUUAUUUUUUAAACGCAGUGGACUUUUCAGAAAUUAAAACUAAGCCAAGCAGCUUUAACCUUGUAGAGAAUAUCGUUUCCUUGGACUCCAGCUGAAACACAAGCCUUACAUCACCUUAUGCUGUCUGACAUAUGGUUUCCGUAGUUGCGUGACGCCCGGCCCAGUGGGGUCUGCGUGCUGUGUGGCCUUUGGCACGGUGCUUGCUUCUGUGGACACACUGUCCGUAGGCAUGGAACUGACUCCCGUGUCUUCCUCCACUGGCCAUGGGGCUUACGGGUCUUGGGUGGGUUGCGGGGACAGGAGUCACCUGCUGCCUCGACUGGACCACCUCGUGUGGCCACAUGGCCGUGGUCCCCGCUUGUCAGCUGCCCCAGAUGUAGCCUGGGUGUCAGCCAGCUGGCUCUCUGCUGUCCCUCUGCCCGGGAGCUGUGGAAGUCCCUGUCCUGCUGGAGGCUGCUGCUCUCGUGGUGUCCUAUCCCGGGACCGCUGGGACGGUUCUGCCCACCCACCUGCUUGGCUGGAAAUGUCCACAGGCACUUCAGACGACCCUGCCGGGGCCUGGUCUCCGCAGUGUGUGUUGGCAGGUGUGGGGCCCGGUGGUGCCCUUUCCAGUUCAGCUGGACGAUAGAGGCGCUGCUGCUGUCCAGCUGCCUCUCUGCCCCUUUCCUCAGUACGGGCCUCCAGGAAAGGCUGGCCCCAGCGGCCACCGGGGGAGUGUGACUGCCGGGAGCAUGUGAAGUCACGGACCUGGGUGGGAGGUGGCUGGGCAGAGUUCAGACUUGGGGGUACAGAGGUGCACCUGAUGUGCACCCAGCUCUGGCUCUCUGCCCUUGCCGGGGAAGCUGAGGUCCCUUCUUUCCUGGCCAGUGGAGCUGUGCUCUGAGAAUGGAGGACAGCUGGUGGUGUGCUGGGCAGAACCUCUGGCCCUGGAGAGGAGCAAAGCCUCCUCGACGUCUGUGUUGGAGGACCAGUGUCUGCCAGCACCCGCCAUUUGGCAGAUGACCAUCCUUACGAACAUUUGUAAUAUACCUUUUAUAUAUCAUGCAUCUUGCUUAUUUUGUUUUCAGGAUUAUUAAGAAUUUCUAUGCUAUUAUGUGGCAUUCGAUAACAUUUAAUAAAUGUUCUGUUCCUGUGUUCUUGC